UAAUCCUGGGAUCCGGGAGCUUCCAGCAGAGCUCAGCCAACUGUCCAACCUGUGGCAGCUGGACACCGAAGACCUCAACAUCACCAACGUCCCCCAGGAAGUAAGAAAAGAAGGUCCUGCGUCUGUCCUGGCGUUCCUCCGAGCACACCUGAGAAAGGCGGAGCCUUAUAGACUGCUGAAGAUGCUUGUGAUUGGUCCACCGAGACAGGGGAAGACGGCGCUUCUGGAGGCUCUGCAAACCGGCAGAGCGGCGCCUUUCACCCCAGCAGAGUGCAGCAUCUCCACCUCCACCUGGGAGCUGGAGAAACCCAACGGAGGCAAAAACAGCAAGGACUCGGUGGCGUUUAACGUGUGGGACAUCGGCGGUCAGGCGAGCAUGUCCACAGUGAAGCAGUGUUUCUUCACUGAUAAGGCGCUGUACGUGGUGAUCUGGAACCUGGCUCUGGGAGAGGAGGCUGUGGCCAACCUGCAGACAUGGCUGCUCAACAUAGAG